AUGGAAAGAUCGUCGGGGGUCGCGCAGUUUAUGUACGAAAGGUUCGUGGGCGCUGAUUUACAUGGCUAUAAAGGCAUGCCGUUUUCCCUCAGACGGCACAGUCAACAAACACUUAUUCAAGUUUUCAACCUGACCAUGGAGGACCCUUCAUUUGAUGCGCUCCUCAGCUGGAGUACUGGAGAAUUGACUGAGUUUCCUGAUAUUGACUUUGAACUUUUUGACUCGGUCUUCUCCACCCAGAAUCAGGGCCUAUCAGCCGCAGAAGUGCCAGAACUCCUCCCCGACUACCAGCCUGCGGCGCAGGACGCCGUUGAGACUCUAAAAGGAUUAGUCAACGAAUUGUCUAGCCGAGUCACAAUGCUCGAGGACCAACUUCAAACUGAGAGCAAGAAACGAGUGGCCUUAGAGGAGUAUAUUGAAAACCUGCAACCAUUCUUGGAGCGGCUCAGCUUGAUGGUCCAGAAAUAAUGGUGCAAGGACGUGCGAUCAUCCGGCUCGUGAGCGCUUCCACCAUGAUCCGACGACGCUGGCAGGGCUUAUCGGCUGUCAAAAUGGAUCUUUGUGAUCUCUGUUCUC